AUAUCAGUAGGCGUGAGUGCGUGGACACUGGUAGCUAUAUCGUUGGAAAGGUAUUUCGCAAUCUGUCAGCCCCUGAAGUCUCGUCAGUGGCAGACAUUGUCGCACUCGUAUCGUGUGAUUGCCAUCAUAUGGUUCGGCAAUAUUGUACUCAUGAGUCCCAUCGCCAUACUAUCAGAACUGUUGCCCAUUCAGACACCAGCUUUGUUCACUAAGCAAGCAGGCAAAUACAAGUGCCGAGAGGUGUGGCCAUCCGGUGCUAGUGAACAGCUAUUCAACUUACUGCUACUCAUACUGCUAUUGAUCGGGCCGUUUGUCAUACUGGUCAGCACCUAUACCCUGGUCAGCCGUGAACUGUACGGGGCUAACAUAUUUCAAGCUCAUUACGCAACCAAUAACCACAUGAAUAAUAGUAGCCAUAAUGUGUUCGCACAUACCAUACCGCUUGAGGUG